GCUCUCGCGGGAGCUGCGCCGGCGCCGCCCGUCUCCGUGCGCCGCCGAACCAAUAAAGUUUGUUUAAAAAAAAAAAAAAACCAAGAAAAGGGGAGGAAAAAAGCGGUCGCGCUGAGUUCAUCGCGGCUGCUGGCGACUGCGUGUGUGACUGUCCGCCCGGCCAGCCCGGUUGCUGCAGCAGGCGAGGGCGGACAGGGUGCUCCAGCCCCGGUUCCGCUCGGCCUCGACAGCCGUCGCCCUCAGCGGGGAGCUUCGCCUCCGCCGCUCUGCGGGCCCGCUGGGAUCGCUUUUCCGUCCGCGAGUUGAGCUCCCUGGCGCGGGAGGAGUGCAGGACAGACGGCUGCAGCCAUGCCGAGCGCUAAGGAGACGCGGCUGCUGCACCUCAGCGAGAUGGAGAAGUUGGACAAGACCCUCUUCAGGCUAGAGCAAGGCUUUGAACUGCAAUUCCGAUUGGGCCCAACUCUUCAAGGCAAGCCUGUUACUGUCUACACUAAUUAUCCAGCUUCUGGAGAAGUCUUUGAUCGCCACAAGUUCAGGACACUCUCAUGGCACAAUCCCACAGGAAAAGAUGAUGACUCGGACAAAUACUGCAAGUUGGAUCUCCAAAUUUCUGGGUCAUACCAAUACUAUUUCAGUCUUGGAAAUGAAAAAAGUGGUGGAGGCUACAUUGUUGUGGAUCCUGUUUUGCAUGUUGGAGUCAAUAAUCACGUGUUACCUUUGGAUUGUGUUACACUCCAGACAUUCCUCGCUAAGUGUCUGGGACCAUUUCAUGAAUGGGAAGAUAGGCUUAAAGUUGCAAAAGAAACAGGUUACAACAUGAUUCAUUUUACACCACUGCAGAAGCUUGGACUGUCAAGAUCAUGUUAUUCACUAGCUGAUCAAUUAGAAGUAAAUCCUGAAUUUUCAAGCCAUAAUAAAAAGUGCACUUGGAGUGAUAUAGGAGCUCUUGUGGAAAAAAUGAAAAAUGAAUGGAAUAUGCUUUGCAUCACAGAUGUAGUCUACAAUCAUACAGCAACUAACAGUGAAUGGCUCAGGAUGCAUCCAGAAUGUGGCUAUAACCUUCUUAAUUCGCCUCACCUGAAGCCAGCCUGGGUCUUGGACAGAGCACUGUGGCAUUUGACCUGUGAUGUGGCUGAUGGAAAGUACAUUGCUAAAGGGGUCCCUCCCUUGAUUGAGAAUGAUCAUCACCUGAAUUGUAUCCGUAAAAUAAUUUGGGAAGAUAUAUAUCCAAAAAUUAAACUAUGGGAAUUUUUCCAAGUGGAUGUUAACAAAGCUGUGCAGCAAUUUAGAACCCUUCUAAUUCAAGGCAAAAUGAGCACAAAGUCUGAUCCAAAUCAACAUCUUCAAAUAGUUCAGGACCCUGAUUAUAGACGACUUGGCUGUACUGUAGACAUGAAUAUAGCACUGGCAACAUUCAUACCACACAGCAAUGGACCAGCUGGAAUAGAAGAAUGUUGCAACUGGUUUCGCAAGAGAAUUGAGGAGCUGAAUGCUGAACAGCACAGACAAACUAAUCACCAUCAAGAGCAGGCUGUCAAUUGUCUCGUGGGAACUGUGGUUUAUGAACGACUGGCUGGCAAUGGCCCUAAGCUGGGGCCUAUCACUAGAAAAUAUCCUUUAGUUACCAGGUAUUUUACUUAUCCAUUCAAAGAGCUAAAUAUGGAGGAAGAAGAAGCCAUGAUACAUCAGCCAGAUAAAGCUUGUUAUUUCAUGGCUCAUAAUGGCUGGGUUAUGGGAGAUGAUCCUCUUAGAAACUUUGCAGAACCAGGUUCAAAUGUUUACUUGAGACGAGAGCUUGUUUGUUGGGGAGACAGUGUGAAACUGCGUUAUGGUAAUAAACCUGAAGACUGCCCAUACCUCUGGGCACAUAUGAAAAAAUACACUGAAAUCACUGCCAAAUAUUUCCAUGGUGUUCGUCUCGACAACUGUCACUCAACACCUAUUCAUGUAGCUGAGUACAUGCUGGACACAGCUAGAAAAUUGCGAGCUGAUUUGUAUGUAGUGGCUGAACUGUUCACAGGAAAUGAGGAGCUGGACAAUAUCUUUGUGAAUAGGCUGGGCAUUACCUCCUUAAUAAGAGAGGCAAUGACUGCUUAUAAUAGCCAUGAAGAAGGAAGGCUAGUUUAUCGUUUUGGAGGUGAACCUGUUGGCUCUUUUGUUCAGCCACGUUUGAGGCCUUUGAUGCCAGCUAUUGCUCAUGCACUGUUUAUGGAUAUUACACAUGAUAAUGAGUGUCCAAUUCAGCACCGAUCUGCGUAUGAUGCUCUUCCUAGUGCAAUGAUUGUUUCCAUGGCCUGCUGUGCUACAGGAAGCACCAAAGGCUAUGAUGAACUAGUACCCCACCAGAUCUCUGUAGUAUCUGAAGAGCGGUUUUAUACAAAAUGGAAUCCAGCAGCACAACUGACUUCUGGUGAAGUUAAUUUCCAAACAGGAAUUCUAGCUGGAAGGCUGGCCAUAAACAGGCUACAUCAGGAGCUGGGGGCUAAAGGCUUUAAUCAGGUGUAUGUAGAUCAAGUUGAUGAAGAUAUAGUGGCAGUGACAAGACAUUGUCCUAACACACACCAAUCUGUUGUGGCUGUAAGUCGAACGGCUUUCAGGGAUCCUAAAACUUCCUUCUACAGUAAAGAAGUACCUGAAAUGUGUAUCCCAGGAAAAAUAGAAGAAAUAGUACUUGAGGCUAGGACUAUUGAGAGAAAUACUAGCCCUUACAAAAAGGAUAAGCACUUUAUAAAUGGAUUACCUAAUUUCGCAGUGGAACUCAGAGAGCAUAUCCAGAUUACAGACAGUAAAAUUAUAAAGCAAGCUGGAACUGCCGUAAAAGGGCCAAAUGAAUUUGUUCAAGAAAUAGAAUUUGAAAAACUAACACCAGGAAGUGUAAUAGUAUUCAGAGUUAGCCUUGACCCAAAGGCACAAGAGGCUGUUGGUGUACUGCGGAGUCAUUUAAUCCAGUUCAGUUCCCAUUUUAAAUCUGGAAGUCUUCCUGAUGAGCAUUCAGCACCUAUUUUAAAAACAUCAUUUUCUUCCAUUGCAUCUAAGCUAACUUUGGCUGACCUAAAUCAAGUACUGUAUAGGUGUGAGGCAGAAGAGCAAGAAGAUGGUGGAGGUUGUUAUAACAUACCAAACUGGUCACCGCUGAAGUAUGCAGGCCUCCAAGGUUUAAUGUCAGUGAUGGCAGACAUUAGACCAAAGAAUGACUUGGGUCAUCCAUUUUGUGAUAAUUUAAGAUCUGGAGACUGGAUGAUAGAUUAUGUCAGUAAUCGUCUGAUUUCACGUGCAGGAGCCUGUGCAGAAGUUGGUAAAUGGCUGCAAGCCAUGUUUGUCUACCUAAAGAGAAUUCCACGUUACCUCAUCCCGUGUUACUUUGAUGCCAUAUUAGUGGGUGCCUACACAAUGCUUCUGGAUGUGGCAUGGAGCCAGAUGUCCAGCUUUGUGCAGAAUGGAUCAACAUUUGUUAAACACCUUUCCUUGGGUUCAGUCCAGAUGUGUGGGAUAGGAAAAUACUCUUGCCUGCCAGCUCUGUCUCCAUCAUUACAUGAUGUGCCCUAUAGGCUGAAUGAGAUUACAAAUGAGAAAGAACAGUGUUGUGUUUCCUUAGCAGCUGGUUUACCUCACUUUUCUUCUGGAAUUUUUCGUUCCUGGGGACGAGAUACCUUUAUUGCACUGAGAGGUCUAAUGUUAGUUACGGGUCGCUAUCUAGAAGCCAGAAACAUCAUUUUAGCAUUUGGUGGGACUUUGAGGCAUGGUCUCAUUCCCAAUCUGCUUGGCCAGGGGACACACGCCAGAUACAACUGUCGUGAUGCAGUAUGGUGGUGGCUUCAGUGUAUCCAGGACUACUGUAAAAUUGUUCCAAAUGGAUUAGACAUUCUCAGGUGUCCUGUCUCUAGGAUGUACCCAAGAGAUGACUCUUCUCCUCAGCCUGCAGGCACUAGGGAUCAGCCACUUUAUGAAGUAAUACAGGAGGCAAUGCAACGACACAUGGAAGGCAUAAGUUUCCGAGAAAGGAAUGCUGGUCCACAGAUAGAUCAAAACAUGAAAGAUGAAGGUUUUAAUGUAACUGCAGGUGUUGACCAUGAAACUGGCUUUGUCUUUGGAGGGAACUGCUUCAAUUGUGGCACUUGGAUGGAUAAAAUGGGAGAGAGUGACAAAGCUCGCAACAGAGGAAUUCCAGCUACUCCAAGAGAUGGCUCUGCUGUGGAAAUUGUUGGCCUGUGCAAGUCAGCUGUUCGCUGGUUGCUGGAUUUAUCUGUGAAAAAUAUAUAUCCAUUCCAUGGAGUCACUGUAAAAAGACAAGGAAAGAAAGAGACUGUCACCUAUGAUGAGUGGAACAGAAAAAUUCAAGAUCACUUUGAAAGGCUGUUCUUUGUCUCUGAGAACCCAGCAGAUCCUAAUGAGAAACAUCCAGAGCUUGUUCACAAACGUGGAAUUUAUAAGGACAGCUAUGGAGCUUCAAGCCCAUGGUGUGAUUACCAACUCAGGCCAAAUUUUACAAUAGCAAUGGUUGUGGCCCCUGAGUUGUUCACACCUGAGAGAGCCUGGAAAGCUCUGCAGAUAGCAGAGGAAAAACUGCUUGGUCCAUUAGGCAUGAAAACCUUGGACCCAGAUGAUAUGGUUUACUGUGGAGUAUAUGAUAAUGCUCUUGACAAUGACAACUAUAAUAUAGCCAAAGGUUUUAAUUAUCACCAAGGACCGGAGUGGCUGUGGCCAAUUGGGUAUUUUCUUCGUGCUAAACUGUACUUCUCAAAGUUGUUGGGUCCAGAGAUACAUGCAAAAACUGUCAUUAUGAUUAAGAAUGUUCUUUCUCGACACUAUGUUCACCUUGAAAGAUCGUCCUGGAAAGGGCUUCCUGAACUGACCAAUGAAAAUGGACAGUAUUGCCCUUUUAGCUGUGAAACUCAGGCCUGGUCUAUUGGAGUUAUCCUUGAAAUCCUUUAUGACUUGUAAAAAUUUAAUUUAAUUGUUUGGAUGAAACUUCCAUGGUCUUAUUGGGCAUAAAUGAACACUUGGUUUAUACUGCAAGGGGAUUGUCCUGUUCUGCACAAUCACUUAAGCUGUGUCCUGACUUUUAAAGAUGCUAAAUGUCAUCAGCUCCUAUGCCCUUUAACUAUAUGUGCCUUGAGGGUUUUUUUGAAAAUCAGGCCAUGACAAUAAAGUAAAACUGCAGUGCACACUUGAUGCGGAAACUUUUAGUAAGGAGAAAUUUUAAUAUAAUAUGCACAAACUUAAGUAGUUGUUUGGACUUCUCAAAUCAAAACCUUAAUGUGUAAAAAAGUGAGGUGGCUAUUUCCUGUGCUAAAAACAAGUAGCACAGCUCUUACACUGUUUUUUUCUAUGUGUCUUCAAGAAGAAGUGGAUAUUUUGCAAAUGCAUGCCUAAAGGGGAAUAGAUUAACCUAUAACAUUCUGAAUGUGGUAUGCUUUAUGCUGCAUCAUCAUACAUUAAUGAAGGCAGAAUGUUGUCUCUCUGAACUGUAUUAUGAGGAUUUUCUUAUUUGUGUUCUCUUGAACACACCAGUAAGCAUCAAUAAAAAUAAGGGUUUAUGAAUACUGUAAUAAGCCAACCUUUGAACUUUAAUAUAUAAAAUUUUCAAAAACUUUAAACUACUUUGAGCGUUAACUCAAGCAAUAAUGAGGUAUUACCCUAUGUUAAUUCACCUUUAAAUGUAUUUGUCAUGCAGCAAACCCAUUUCUUCAUUUAAAUGUUUUUCACCAUGACCAAUUCAUAAGGAACUUGUACAUGUGCAUAUAAUGCACAGCGUAUAUGUUAAGGGAGGCCAAAGAUAUAGAAAUCAAUGUGCCUUUAUUCUUAGCUGUAUUGAAGCAGGUGGAAACAUUUAAUAUCAUCAAGAAGAGAUACUAGCAUACCACCAGAGCAUAGGAAGUUUCUAGACCUUUUGAAAUUACACCAGUAAGUAAGCAUGCUAUCACUAUGUGUUCCUCAGGAACAGCAUCCAGCAACUGUUGUGCAAAACUUCUGUUCUUUAAUAUUUAGAUGUCUGCAUGCUCAUAUUGAGUUCUUGUUAGUGUUCCCAAACUGAAGAGUGGUUGACAGAAGAGUGGUGCAGUUGGUAAUUCUCAACCCUCUGUUCAUGUGGGUUUUUUUUGUUUGGUUGGUUUUUUGUUUUUUUUUAUCAUAGUGCAAUAAACAGGCAACGAAUAAGUCUGACAACACUUCCCAGAAAGCAGAACUCAUCUUUUGUUUCUUAAUGUUAGACAACAUAUGGUGAAAAAUGUACAUCGGAUUUAAUUACAAUGCACUAAUAACACUUAGGUCAAGAUUUUAUUAUAUCUGUAUUUUAUAGUUUCUGUACCCUAUCAAGUACAGUGCAAUCAGACUGUCUUGGUCAGGAAGAUGUGUUACAGAUUGUUACAUUUAAAGGCAAGUCAAUAAGCUGAAGAUAAAUUAAUUGUAAGAGGUAGCUAUAUUCACAUUAUUUAUUUGAAAGAUUAGUAAGUAUUUGAACUCCCUUUCUGAAGUGUUCAGUACUUUAAGGAUAUCAUUAGGGAAGGUCUAUAUUGUACCUCAACUUUUGAGCUGCUGCAGUACAUGAGUUAAGAAAUUUUUAUUUUCUCACCACAAUGCAUGAGAGAUGAUACUUGAUCACAAACAUUACUGAAAUGUCAGCCAGUCAGCCAUGCAUUAUUUUUUUAAUGUGCAAGAGGCAAAUGAAGUAUUUUUCAUACUGUACUAGACUUCCAGAACUCUUGAUAUUGAUCACAGGGUUUGUGUCCUACUGUAUAACUUUUUACUGUUUUCCUAGAUAAUUAUUUCUCAUUUGUUAUUUCAAGUUGUUUUAUAGCUCAUGUAGUUUGGGAAAGCAGGAACAAUAAUGGGAGAAUAAAAGUUUUCAUUCUUGAUGACAACAUUUUAAAAUUGGAAGUACAGCUUAAGAGUUAUGACUGUUGAAAAAGAUUUCUGCAAGGUGUAAAAUUAAAUACAUUGUCAAUAACACUCUUUCAGUGUUGCGGAAAAAAAACAAACAAAAAACACCACAAAAAAACCGGAAUAUAUUAUUUCUCAAAACCUUCCUAUGUUGUUUUAGACAACUUUCCACUGUAUUGCAAACUGCACUGCUGACAGAGACUGCAUAAUUGCCACUAUUUUUUUUCUAAUUUAAAGAUAAAUCACCACUGCAUACAAGAAGACACGUUAUCAAAACCUAUAAUAUACCCACAUUAUAAUGUUGCUUUGGCAUUAAUUAGCAGAACAUAGUCUUAGUGACAAGUGUUUUAAAUAAAAUAUGCAUCAUAUUGGUUGACUUUGUUAAGUAGCAACAAAAGUAAUAUUGGAGGGUUAUAACUGUUGGGGGGGUUAAUGGUAUUUUUGGGGGUUGCUGUUUUUGUUUUUUGAUGGGUUUUUUUUUUUUUUUAUCAAAAAGCUACUCAACGUUUGUCAAGUCCAGACAAUUUAAAAAUGAAGAGGGGAAAAAAACUAAUGUUAAAUCUAACACUUACAUGAGCUGGUGUUCAGCUAGAUAAAUGCUAUAUGUAUGUUAUUAUCCCUAAAAAUAGCUGACUUAUGUUGACCAAUCCUGAACUGGUGUUUCAUUCAAUUGGUAUUAUUUAUAUUAUACACUCAAAAAACAUAUUAGUCGGUGAAGUUUUAGUCAGUAAACAUGUUUUAGAAAUAAAACUAAAGAACUUAGUAAGACUGUGAAUCCAUUGUGUUCCAGUUGAUGUUCCUUGAUCUAUAUGUUAUUGAAACAGAUUUUUAUUUCCUCCUAAUUGAAAUAAUGUUGACUGUUACCAGUGUUCAUACAGUUAUAGUUCUUGCUUAUUCAAGGAUGAUUAACUUGAGAAUUCAGGUAAAAUAAUGUAUUAUCCUCACACUGCAUGUUGUAAGUAAAAUGGAAAGAGGAGAUUUAUGUGUUUGUCUAGCACACCAAUGACAGAUUUUAGAAAAUGUCAUUCAUAUAUUUGACAUGCACAAAAAUUAAAUCAUUAAUUCACACCAGUUAA